AUGUCGUCCUUAGAACCUGCAGACCCCGAUGUGGUCGCAUCAGUCAAGUUGCCAACCGGCCAUGAAGUCCGAAAGUCUUUUCACUCGACAAGAAAAUCCCUUGACCCUGAGCCUCAUGUCGACGAGCUGGAGAAAACCGCCGGUACCAACUACAACAAUGUCGAUAAGGAGCUUGCCCAAUAUGCUGGACAAGGCACCGUGGAGAUUUCCGAGUCAGAGAACAGAAGAUUGCGCAGGAUGAUCGAUAGGCGUGUUUUGGUUAUCAUGAUCACAGUCUACUUUCUCCAGGCUAUCGAUAAGGGAACCAUGACGUUUGCUUCAAUAAUGGGUAUCCAAAACGACGCCGGCCUCGUAGGUCAGGAGUACAGCUGGUUGACAAGCUGUAUCUACAUAACAAUCUUGAUUGUUGAAUAUCCUCAGAACUGGAUCAUUGCACGCGUUCCUGUAGCCAAGUACUUGAGCUUCUCUGUCAUUGCCUGGGGCGCGGUUCUAGCUUCCCACGCUGCUUGCAAGAGCUUUACUGGCUUGGUCACCGUACGAACCCUCCUUGGUCUCUUCGAGUCCGCUUGUCAGCCGGCGUUUGUUGUACUGUCUUCAGUAUGGUACAAGAGAGAGGAACAAGCUUCCAGGGUGACAUACUGGUAUAUGAUGAACGGAGCACAGCAAAUCGUUGGCGGUCUGCUAGCCUACCUCUUUACACUCAUCUCAUCUGGCCCGCUAAAGAACUGGCAGUGGCUGUUCUUGACCUACGGAAUCAUCUCCGUUUUAUUUGGCGUGUUUGUAGGCUGGUGGAUGCCGGAUUCCCCUAUGCGUGCCAAAUGCUUCUCGGAGGAGGACAAGCGUCUCAUGGUCGAGCGUGUUCGUUCCAACCAGACUGGUAUCCAAAACCGCGAGUUCAAGAAGUACCAAGUUUAUGAGGCACUGACAGAUCCGCAAACUUGGUGCUAUGCUGCCAUCCAACUCUUUACCACACUCCCAACAAGUGGUCUCGGUUCUUUUACGGGUAUCAUCAUUACUGGCUUUGGGUUCAGUAUUCUCCAAACCCAGCUGUUGUCCAUGGUUCUUGGCGCCUACAUCAUCGCCAUCCUGCUCGGAUCCGUCUGGUUAGUCAAGAAGUGGAAUCAGAAUAUCUGGACCAUGUUGGGAUUUGUUAUUCCGUCAUUCAUCGGCACAGCUCUUCUCAUGGCUCUACCAAGCGAGACCACAGCUCAGCACGUCGGUCUGCUUAUCUCGUACUACAUUACGCUUUCGUUCUGGUCUGCUCAAACGCUGGGUCUUUCCAUGUUGUCUCGUAACGUCGCGGGGCAGACCAAGAAGUCCGUCGUCGUCGCCACUAACUUCAUCUUUUGGUCUGUGGGCAACACGAUUGGACCUCAGGUCUUCCUCAAAUGGAACCAGCCUCGAUACUUCAUCGCCUUUGCGGUCCAUAUCGGCUGCUACACGGCACUUGUUCUGACUCUUCUGUUCUUCAGGUGGCACCUGGCCCGCGAGAACAAGAAAAAGGACUCUCUAGGCCAGAUAGCUGAUGAGCACAACUUGACUCACGCUUUCGAGGAUUUGACCGAUCGCGAGAACCCAAACUUCCGCUACAUACUCUGA